AUGGGUCAAUCUCAAAAUUCACUCUUUCUUCUUCAAAUUCUUGUUUUAAUCUAUCGAGUUUCCUCAACAACUUUCACCAUCGUUAACCAGUGUAGCUACACCGUCUGGCCUGGUCUUCUCUCCGGCGCCGGAACCGCUCCUUUACCCACCACCGGAUUUUCUUUAAACCCAACAGAGACACGUGUCAUCCCAAUCCCCUCUGCUUGGUCCGGUCGUAUAUGGGGACGUACUCUCUGCACACAAGACUCAACCACCGGAAAAUUCACUUGCGUAACCGGUGACUGCGGUUCCUCCGCCGUUGAAUGUUCCGGUUCCGGCGCUACACCUCCGGCGACACUAGCGGAAUUCACCUUAAACGGAUCUAAUAAUCUCGAUUUCUACGACGUGUCUCUCGUCGACGGUUACAACAUCCCGAUGGCAAUCGUUCCACAAGGCGGCGAUGAUGCCGGAGGAGUCGCCGGAAACUGUACAAUCACCGGAUGUGUAGCGGAGCUUAACGGUCCUUGUCCUACUCAGCUUAAAGUAGCGAAUACGGGAACUGAAGGAGUGGCUUGUAAAAGCGCGUGUGAAGCGUUUGGAACGCCGGAAUAUUGUUGUAGCGGUGCGUUUGGAACGCCGGACACGUGUAAACCGAGUGAGUACUCGCGGUUUUUCAAAAACGCGUGUCCGAGAGCUUAUAGUUAUGCUUAUGACGACGGAACAAGUACGUUUACUUGUGCCGGAGCUGAUUACGUCAUCACUUUCUGUCCUUCUCCUAAUCCAAGUGUGAAGAGUGCAUCAAAGGGAGGGUUUUCACCCGAAGCGGUAAGCUACUCUGCGGCAUCUUCAAACGCAUCACCAAUUAUCUUUUCUGCGUUUUCGAUUGGUGUUUUCGCUGUCGCGUCUUGGGCGGUACAACGUGUUUGGUGA